AUGAACCAAAACAAAAUUCCUCACGCCAGCAGUCAGCUGAUUUUCCUCAUGGAGCCUCCACCGCGGCUGUCGUUUUCAAACAGCACGGGCGCCAGUGUAUCCUGCGCUGCCCAUGGUACUCCUUCACCCACCAUAACUUGGCUGACUGAAGAUGGUGUACCGGUGUCUGAUGUUCCUGGACUCAGGGAGGCGUUACCCAACGGCACACUGUGGCUCGGCUCGUUCUCAGCGGCGCAGUACCGCAGCGACGUCCACGCCGCUGUGUACCGCUGUCGAGCCGCUGGUACUGUGGGCACGGUGCUCUCUCGAGACAUGCGGCUUGAGGCUGUUAUGGAUGUACCGUGGGAAGUGCGAGUACAACCGACCCAUGGAGUGUCUGGAGGUUCUGCGCUUAUGACCUGUGCGGCUUCAGCAGCUGUCCGGAGUCACAUCACCGUUACGAGGUGGUUCAAAGAUGGAGCUGUCCUAGCUCCUAUGGCAGCUGAUGCUGGUGGUCGCUACAUGAUAGGCGGCAGUCGAGGCGAUAUCCUGGUGAUACGGGAAGCUAGACCUGAUGACGCCAGCUCGUACUCCUGCGAAGCUCAGCACGUGUUGACAGGAGAGAAGAGAAGGAGUAACGGAGCCAUGAUUGCUGUUUCACAUACGACGGGAAGUAUGGCACCAAGAAUUCUUACAAUAUCUGAAGAUGAAACUGUUCCUCAAGGAGGGGAUAUUAGAUUAGUUUGUUGUGCUAUCGGAAGUCCUCCUCCUACGUACAGCUGGUUUCGUCACGCAAAUGGUCGUUUAAGUCCUGUCUCUAACAGUAUAAGGAUAUCAGUGUCUGAACAAGUCCUGAUAAUCAGACGAGCUCAGACCUCAGACAGCGGAAUAUGGACUUGCAGAGCUCACAACCAGUACGGGGAACAAAGAAGGGAUGCCAGACUCCGCGUGAGGUCUAGACUUGUGGUCAGCGUUCAUCCACAGCUGCAAGUUGCGAAUUCAGGCAGUUCCGUUACCUUCAACUGCUCAGUGGAAGGCGGUGACGCGAGGGUACGAUGGCUACAUGACGGAGUGCCAGUUGGUGGUGGUGAACGUACGCUACGCGUGCAUGGAGUCGUGCGAGCUCAUCGAGGAAUGUACCAGUGCUUCGCUGAACGAGACCUGGAUAGUGCGCAAGCUGCUGCGGAAUUGAGACUUGGAGACACAGCCCCAGAGUUGCACUACACGUUUAUCGAACAAGCUCUACACCCUGGACCAUUCCUCGCGCUUCACUGCUCCGCAUCCGGGUCUCCUUCACCACGCUUCACGUGGCUUCUCGACAUGCAAGCUGUCGAGGAACACAAUACACCGCAAAGGAGUAUAUCUCAAUUCAUGAGUCCAAAUGGCGACAUCGUCAGCUACCUCAACAUUACCUCUGUUCGACCCGAAGACGGCGGACGAUACACUUGUCGUGCGCACAACACGAGAGGUUCCGUGGAACAUUCGACGAGACUUAAUGUUUACGGUCCACCAUCGAUCAGGAACAUAGGACCGUUACGCGUGGUCGCAGGAGUGAACACGACGAUCUACUGCCCUUACUCCGGAUUUCCAAUCAGUGAUAUCAGAUGGCAACGUGGGGGGUUAGAUGUCGGAUCUUCAGGCAGAGCCUUAUCAGGAAGUGGAGGAGAGCUUUUGCUUUGGCCAGCUGAACCAGCUGAUGCUGGAGUAUAUUCGUGCAGAGUAACCGCACCGUCUGGACAAUAUGCCCAAAAAGAUGUGCAAAUUUUUGUCAGAAAUCCACCAAAAAUAGCUGGAUUUUCCUUUCCUGUGGAUUUAGUUGAGGGAAGUUCGAUACAAGUUUUAUGCGGCAUUACUUCUGGCGACAAACCUGUAUAUUUUUCCUGGUUGAAAGAUGGGCAGCACAUUCCAUCUAAUUUGCAGGUACAAGAAAAAUCUUUGGAUGAAUUCAGCUUCCUAAUCUUCUCACACUUGACGUCGAAGCAUAGUGGAGAGUACACGUGCGUAGCUAGUAACACUGCAGCUGAAGUCAAUCAUACAGCUCGACUGGCUGUAAAAGGUCCUGGUUCAAACGAUUUUCGUCCUUUGAGUCGAAUCGAGCUACCGAUAUCCGUGUUAAGCAAUGGAUCACUGAGUGCAGCAGCGGCGACUCAUGUCCACGAGGGGCGCUACGUGUGUCGCUCUGACAACGGCGUUGGGAGAGGACUGUCAAAGAUUAUCACUAUUUCCGUUAAUGAGCCAGCCCACUUCGAAUUCUCAUCUCGCAAUAUGUCAGUCCGGCGAACGUCGAGCGCGUCGCUGACGUGCGCGGCGCGCGGCGACCCGCCCAUACAGCUGCACUGGACGCACAACAUGCAGCGGCUUGACCUGUCGACUUACCGAGUAUCGGUGUCAGAAAAGCGUUCAGACAGCGGUGCAAGUUCUACUCUGACGAUAGCGCACGCCCAGCGUCGAGACUCCGGCGUCUACCGCUGUCGAGCGGAGAACGCGUACGGUCGUGACGAGUUGCUCAUUUACUUAGCCGUACAAGGUGAACAUUAUUUUACUCAUUAA